AUGGCUUCCAUUAGUGGUAUCUCCAAUGUGUUCUUGGCCCUCCUUUCACUGCUCCAUGUGGGGCCUAUUGUUGAAGUAGCAGAAGCUGGAAAUGGCAUAGCACUUCUGUUGGACAUGUUUCUCAGCCUUACAGACAUUUGUGCCUAUUUGGGGAUAUAUGCCAGAAAGAGAAAUGGACAGAUGUGA